GCGCAUCUCUGUCGGUCGCCACGGCAAUUACCAGGUGACCCAACAUCAGUCACUUGACAACCCUGAAGCAUGGUCAUAGAUAUGCACUCAGAUAGACUCACCUUAAAACCACCUGUUCAGGUGUGUCUGCAGCAGGAGCCCUGCCUGUCUGCUCUGGAACAGGAAGUGAUGCAUCGCCUGCUGAAAGUGGGGGAGGAGGCAGAGCUCCUGCAGGUGAGGAUGGACAGGUACUCUUUCCUGUGGCAGAGCGACAGGCAGGCUGUCAUGCAGGAGUUCCUCACCUACAGCCGGCAGCUGGGGCCCGAGGAGAUGGAGGCCCCGGAGGCCCCGCCCACCCUCAAAGACUUCCAGAGAGAGCUGCAGGCCCUAAGCAGCCUGCAGGGGGAGCUGUCUCACCUGGAGGAACAGGUGCUGCUGGGCUGGCUGCAGGUGGAGCUCCGCCCCUUCAGGGACUCCCUGCUGUCAAUCAUCCAGGAGUGGAGCGACAUGUACACACUGCACCUGCUGAGCUCAGUCAGCACAAGCCUGCAGCAGAUGACUCAGCAUGCUGAUGAAGACUCCUCCUCCUCCUGUUUCCCGGUGACAGAGACUCUGCUGCUGCUGGAGGCUUCAGGAGUGCAGCUGCCUGAACAUCUGUCUGCACAGCUGCAGUGCUGAUGAGGAGGAGCGGACCUGAGACCAGUUCCUUCAUGUUCCUCAGUGUUACCUGCUGUGAUGCCUUCACUGACCUCCUCACCUGUAAUCAUAAACUAAUGUCUUCAUAAUAAACAGGAAGUUAUAACAACAGUCUGCUCUGUGUCUGACCUUCAUCCUCACACCUUCAGCUGACAGCCCUCA